AAAUGAAGGCAUUCAGGAUGUCCAUAUAUAUCACCAAAGUGAACCAGAUUCAAGUUUUAAAAGCUUUGUACCACAUCUGAAUAUCGCAUUUUCUAUCAACAACACAUAUAAUAGAACAGUAAAAACGAUCAAUGCCUCUGCUGGGGUUAAAGAUAGUGAGAUAUCAGAAAUGCAGAUAGACGUUUCCCCAUCUCCACUUUUCGAGAAACUAGAUGACCUAAACAGAGUUAAAGUACAAUUCAAACUUCUAGACUUAGUUCUUGCAAUAUGCGGCACAAUAGGAGCAUUAUUCAUCUUAUGUAUGUCUGUAGGCCUUGUGCAUUGUUGCUGUAAACGUCGUAAAGCACGGCCAGGUGGAUUACAUCACCAGACAAGCAACACAGGUAGUCAGACCAACUCAUAUGAGAACAUUAAUGUUGAGAGUGGUGGACAGAGCACCAGUACAGCUAGGUCUGACGAAUCAGAGGAUAUGGAGAAUACACUGAUAGGGGAGAAUCAUCAGAGACAGUCUACUGAAUCACAGGAGACUUCAGUAGAUGAUUCGAGAUCAACAAGAAGCAAACAAAGUAGUGACAGUAAAAAAUCUGGCAAAAAGUUAUCAAAAAGUCAAGGCAAGUCAAAAGAUAACAAACUCAACAUAAGAGACAAAAUCAAGGCAUUUGAGAAGAAGAAAGCUGAAAUAGUCGAGUCGGCAUCACCUAAGUUGGAGCAAGACUCAAAACCAAAGAAAAAAAGACCAACUAGUAAGGCUUAUGAGGAGUUUGAGAGCCAAGGAAUACUCAUUGGUUUUGGUCGCCCCAAGAAGAAGCGUGGAAGUGAACAUGAGGAGCAAGAAGUUGUAGAAAUGAUCAGUGAAGAAGGAGAGGUACCAACAAACCUAAGUAACCUUGGAAUGUUUCGGAUCCCCAAAGCAGAAUUAGACCACCCUGAUGAAGAAGGAAGACACGUGUUAGAGCAGUACCAGUCCAGUGUAAAUGAUGAUGAAGGAAUCAUGACUAUGGAGUCUGAUGAUGAACAAGAGUUUGCAGAGGUUAAACGAGAAGAUAUGCUAAAGUCUUUUCGUCGUGUCCCAGGUCCAAAAAAGACAAGGGCCCAUAGAUCAAGCAAGAGACGAGCAAGACUGAAGGAAAUCACGUAUGGCAAUGAUGACCGCUCAUUCUGGCAAGAUGGGCACAAGGAACAGUGGAGUCCCUUCAACCAGAGACCUGAGGAGUCUGAAUAUGAAGGUCUUCGUCACCCUUCCCCAGAGCAGAACAAUAGCAAACAUACUGCAAAGCAAAGAGAUUCAUACGAUACAGCAGAUGGUGAUCAACUGAUGCUGGCAAAAUCAAAUUCACACAGAGAUGAAUAUUUCAAUGGUCAUCAUAGUGAUAGUUACUAUGGAGAUGAUCAUCAUAGCAACAGCCAAUAUGGUGACAAGCAUAGCAACAAGAGUAGAAAGACUAAAGAACAAUAUGGAGGGAAUAAAAAUAAUAUGGGCAAUAGUAAAGCUAGUGGAUACAAUCAUCAAUACAGUGAUAGCGAGCAUAGUAAUAAGCAUGAUGAAUGUAGAAGUGAUGCAAGUUGCCAUGGAAAUAAAAGAGAUGAUCGCAGCAACAAAAGCUGUUCAUGCAGUAAAACAGAAGUGAUUUGCAACCGUGACAGCCAUGGCAGAAAUGGUCACAUUUGUGGAGGUGGACACACAGACAGGUGUCACCAUAGCAGCAUAAACAAUGACAUAUGUUACCAUAAAAACAUAAUAUGCUGCCAAGAUACAGUGAUACUGAAAUACAAUAAUUGUGAAGGGGAUAACUACAACCACCUCUACAAAGACAGCCCUCCAAAACGAGGUCAGGACCCAAGCAAUGUAAACAACUGCCCAAAACACAGCCAAAACUCAAUAGGUGGUAGCAGUAGCUCAACUGAGAGGAAUAACUGCCAGUGUCUCCAUGGCAACAUGAAUAAAUGUCAACAACGCAGCACUCCCUCCCUACAUCAGGUGUCUCCUAGUCAGGUGAGACCUGGGCCAAUCAGAAGAUGGGAUAGUGCCCACUCCUGUAUCUAUGUACCUGAACCUUCCCCCUCCCACACAGGAGCAGCUGAACAGUCUGCCCACUAUAACCAGAACAGGAGAGACAGCUAUGACAACCACUUUGUGCAUCGUCAGCGUGCAGGGAAUGAUGAGAUGCCCCCACCACCCCCAAGUGAACACACAGUAGAGGGACAGGGUAAAGGGGAUGAAAACCAAGCAAAAGAUACAGAUAUUCUGCAAUCAUUACAUGGGAAAGUAUCAGGAAUGCUGGGAAAACUCCAAGACAAAAACAAGCCAUCUCAAGGAUCUAAGCAGCCGCCACCCCCUCCCCCUAGAGACAGGAGCAGCCAGAGACCUCACCUCAGACCCUCUAUGCAGAUGUGAAGUCAAAGACUCCCUAACAUAUCCUUAAGACCUUAAUGCAUAUGUGUUGUAUAUAGAAGCCAGCACACUCAAUACAGAUUUGUGCCUCCCCCUCCCUCACUUUCACAGUGGUGAUAUAAAGACAGACCAAGCCCAGUAUCUUGCACAAUACAAUGCCACCAAUAUGACAUGAGCUCGAUAAGUUGCAAUAUUUGUUACACAGACACAGAUUUUGAAUUUUCUUAUAUCACCAUUCUCUUAAACAUGAACCAUGGUUGCUGAGCUUACCCUUUUACAUGUAAGUGA